ACAACGUUGAACGGGUCGCUCGGUCCUCGUCUUUAUACACAAACCACCCCACCCAGCCAUCUUUAGUGUUUCGCGCUAGCGGGACUGAACGCCGUUCCUGCGAAAAGGAACUCGAGCGGCGGCAAAUUAAAUUAAUCGUUCAAGUGCUCAACGAUAAGAUUAUUGUACAACAAAUGUGCGAAUAAUAUAGGAAAUCGACUAAACUACUCAGGCAAAAACGGCAUCCACUCCUGUCCGCCUGUCUGGUACGGCACACAAUCUUAUCUGCGCGCGUUCAAUGGUUUAUUGAGCAGCACGGCUCGGACAAGACAGACGCAUCCCCCACACCACCCCCAGAAGCUGACAGGCAGACAAACAGAAGACAGACAGAGGCGAACAGAGGGUGGCACGGCGAUGACGGAAGUGCGACGACGGGGCUCAGCGCCCCCACCGGGCCACUACCUGUGCGGCAUGGCCAACUGGCAUCCGGCCUGGCUGCAGAAAUAUGCCACCACCAAGAUGUUCAUGGGUGUCUACGGACUGCUGGGCACCAUCCAGGCCAUGUCCUACAUGUACUUCAUUGUCACACUGACCACGCUCGAGAAACGCUUCAAGAUACCCAGCCAGACCACAGGCAUCAUUCUCAGUGGCAACGAGAUCUCACAGAUCAUGCUGUCGCUCAUCCUGUCGUACAUUGGCGGACAGCGCAAUCGUCCGCGCUGGAUCGCCUGGGGCAUUGUCUUCUGUGGCUUGUCCUGCUACAUUCUCGUUCUGCCGCACUUCAUCUAUGGCGCUGGCCACGAUGUCCUGCAGUUCACCAAGGAGUAUCAGGAUAGCCUCACGAAUGGCACCUCUGCAGCGGGUAUUCCCUCACUGCCAAAUGUCACCUCAUCGCAGAGUGCGCAGCUGUGUGGCGUUGGCCAGAAGGAGGAGGGCUGCGAUGAUCUCUUCACCUAUGUGCCCCUCGUCCUGAUCUUUCUCUCGCAGUUUGUGCUGGGCGUGGGCAACACCCUGUACUACUCGCUGGGCCAGACCUAUCUGGACGACAACACCAAGAAGACAAACACUCCGCUGAUGCUGGCGGUGGCCAUGUCCCUGCGAAUGAUUGGCCCAGUCGUUGGCUUCCUCUUUGGUUACAUUUCGCUGAACACCUUCAUUGACCCAUCGAAGACGCCGCUGAUCGACAGCAAGGAUCCGCGUUGGCUGGGCGCCUGGUGGCUGGGCUGGGUCAUCCUCGGCACGCUGAUGUGUCUCUUCUCCGGCCUGAUUGGACUCUUUCCCAAGCAGCUGCCGAAGGCACGCGACACACUCAAGCACAACUCCCACCAGCCGCUGGCCAUGCGCCACGAGGAGCUCAAGCGCGAGGAGAAUCUCUCGCUGAGCAGUCGCUUCUCCUCGAAUGCCGCCCUCGACAACAUUGGCGCCGGCGCCGGUGCCAAUGCGGAUCUGCCCAAGCUGAAGGACUUUCCCCGUGCCCUGAUGCGCUUGCUGCGCAACAAAUUGCUGAUCUUCAACAUCACCUCCGGCGUCUUCUACAUACUCGGCGCCUCUGGCUUCAUGACCUUCCUCACCAAGUACAUGGAGGUGCAGUUCCACAAGAACUCGCAGAGCGCCACCAUUGUGGUGGGUCCUGUGUCCAUUCUGGGCAUGGUCGUGGGCCUCAUUGGCUCCGGCUUCGUGCUGUCCAAGAAGAAGCCGGCUGUCAGCAAGGUGCUCAUGUGGAAUGUGAUCGUGGGCUGUGUCUACAUAAUGGGUCAGAUCUCCUACGCCUUCCUCUACUGCCCAGACACCUUUUCGAUGGCUCAUGUGGGCGGACUCAACCUGACCAGUGCCUGCAACUCGAACUGCUCCUGCAGUGGCAUGAGCUACACGCCCGUCUGCCACGAGCCCACCGACACCACCUACUUCUCCGCCUGCCAUGCGGGCUGUCAGAGCUACAAUGCCGAGUCGAAGCUGUACGAGAACUGCAGUUGCCUGGCGGCAGCUGGCGUACUGCAGCCCGAUGCAGCUGAGAGGCUGCUGAAGCUGCUGGAGCCGACACCUCAACCAGAACUGGAUGCAGCCACAGACUACACAGCCACAGACUACACGCUCAGCGGCGUGCCGCUGCCGCUGCUCAACGACGAGAAUGAAUUGGGGGAUGAGCUGAUCUCGCGAGUGCGUCGCUCCCAGCCCGAGGAGGAGGUCAUACGGCCGGGCAUCUGCAUGGAGGGCUGCAACUGGAGCUUCUGGGUGUUCUCCAUCACCUCGAUGGUUAUCAAUUGGUUCGGCUCCUCCGGCCGCGUGGGCAAUGUGCUGGUCAACUACCGUGCCGUGGAGGCGGGCGACAAGUCCUUUGCCCAGGGCUUGGCCCUCAUGAUGAUCAGCAUGUUCGCCCUGAUUCCGGGUCCGAUUAUAUUCGGUCGCCUCAUCGACUCCACGUGCCUGGUGUGGACGCAGACCUGCAAUGGCAAAGGCAAUUGUCAGCUGUACGACCAGCAGCGCUUCCGCUACUCCAUCAACUUCCUGUCCUGCUUGCUCACCUUCUUUGGGAUGUUCUUCGAUUACCUGGUGUGGUACUACGGCCGGGAUCUGGACAUCUAUGGCGACAAGGAGGCCAAGCAGCUGGAGCGAGCCAACAGGAAGGAUCAGCCCAUCACUCCGCUGCUGGCCAAGAAAGCCGAGAAGAUCCGAGAAGAGCAAUACUAAGGCCAGAACCAAUGCGUGAUACUCAAUGCUAAGGAACCGAAUGCCCCAUAGGACAGGCGAGACAACGAAGGGGGGCAAAGGAAUUUUGUUUAGUGUGUAAGUAUCGCUGGAGGGAAGAUGCCAAUAAUUCCACAGCCAUACAUAUGUACAAGCAAACCUCCCGCUGUCCCGCUGUCCCGCUGUCCCGCUGCCUAGGAUAUUAUCCAUUUUCCAUUUUUUGUUUAUUUCCGUGUUUAAUUUUGUCAUGUUUUUUUACUACUCAUUUAAGGAACACAACACACAAACCAUGAAUAGCUU